AAAAAAAUACUCGUUACAUUUAUUUAUUUUAGUAUUUUUUCAAAGCAUGUACUCGGUACAUUUUAAAAUAUAUGUAUGUUCAUUUGAGAAUUGCAUAUUGUUCAUUACGGACAUGUCAACUAAAAUAAAUACAGUUGAACAACUAAAAUAAAAAAAAUGCAAAAUAAAUAUUCAGGUUACCGUUGGAUUGUAAAUGAAAAAGAGGAAGUGAAGGUGAAAGGAAGGCGAGGCAAAGAAUAUAAACAAACAUUCAAAACUGAGAUCCAACCAGAAAGAAAUGAGAGAAGCUGAAUUUCAAGAUGAUGCAGCAGAGAUGCGGGAAGAAGACCACGAUGAAGAAGAAGAAGAAGAAGAGAUGAUGCAGCAACUGAGAUCGGAAGCCACAAAGCUUCUUCUCGGGGAAGAAUGGAAGGAGUGCAUCCAUGUGUACUCCCGCUUCAUUUCCCUCUGCAAUUCCCGAAUCUCCAAGCUCUCCUCCCCUCAAAACCCUAGCUCCGAUCGCGCUUCCGCUCUCCGGAAGUCCCUCUGCUUGGCUCUCUCCAAUCGGGCCGAAUCCCGCUUCCGCCUCCGCGAAUUCCGCCUCGCUUUGAGAGAUUGCGACGACGCGUUGCAGAUCGAGAACCCCCAUUUCAAGACCCUGCUCUGUAAAGGUAAGAUCUUCCUCGCUCUCGAUCGGUACACCUUAGCCCUAGCUUGCUUUUCCGCCGCCAAUCGCGUCGUUCCCGACGCUGAGAACGGCGAAAUCCUCAACGGAUAUCUGGACAAGUGUAGGAAGCUAGAGGGCUUGUCGGAAACCGGCGGAUUCGAUCUCUCGAAUUGGAUCUUGAAUCGCGAUAGGGUUCCUCCUGAUCUCGCUGAGUAUUUAGGGCCAGUAGAGAUCAACAAGUCCGAGAUCAGCGGGCGUGGCUUGUUCGCCACUAGGAAUGUCGAGUGUGGGACUCUGUUCCUGGUCACUAGGGCUGUUGCAAUUGAAAGGGGAAUAAUGUCCCAAAACCAGGAGAAGUCCCAGCUAGCAAACUGGAAUUACUUCGUUGAUAAAGUUCUUGAGCUAACAUCAAAAUGUAUCCGAACCCGGGAUUUGAUUAGCACCCUAUCCACAGGUGUGGAUGAGGAUUCUCUAGAUGUUCCCGACACAGAUCUGUUUAGGCCCGAAACCGAUGACAGUAGAUUUUCAGGCAAGAAUCUUGAUAUGGACACUGUUUUGGGAGUACUAGAUGUGAACUCAUUAGUUGAAGAAGCAAUUUCUGUCAAGUUUUUGGGUAAAAGUUCCAACGAUCACAGUCAUUACCAUGGAAUUGGCUUGUGGCUAUUGACUUCUUUCAUUAACCACUCCUGCGAACCAAACGUGAGACGCUCUCACGUUGGCGAUCAUGUCUUUGUUCAUGCCUCUAGAGACAUAAAGAUGGGAGAGGAGCUCACGUUUGCGUAUUUUGAUGUGCUUUCGCCCUUAGAGACCCGACAGGGAAAGGCCAAAAGCUGGGGGUUUGUCUGCAAAUGCAAGAGGUGCAAGAUAGAGGGUGGGAGUGUUCUGCGUUCCAACCACGAAUUGCGGGAAUUCGAAGUGUUCUUGAAGAGGGGUUUGGGGUUGGGUGUGGGAGAAGUGGUCUACAGAUUGGAGGAAGGGAUGAGGAGAUGGGCAGUGAGGGGGAGGGUGAAAGGGUAUUUGAGGGCAUCCUUCUGGGGAGCUUAUGCAGAGGUUCUUGAAUCAGAAAAGUUGAAGAGGAAGUGGGGAGGCAAAAUCCCCCCAAACGAGACUCUCGUGGACAGUGUGGUGAGCGCCGUGGGGUGCGACGAGAGGAUCGCGAAGGUGGGAUUGGGAGGAAUGAAGAGAAACUGUGGGGUUUUGGAGAUGGACCAAAGGGCAUUGAAGUUGGGGAGAGGGUUGUAUGGGAAGGUAAUGAAGAAGAAACAAGCAUUGAAGUGUCUUCUUAAGCUUGAUGGCCUUUCAUGAAUGAACUAAACCUUUACAGGUAAUAACAGAUGCUUCAAGCUUUCCAUAGUUUUUUCAAAGCAAUUGCUGUAGCUCUAUUAUUACUUAUUUUUCAAUUGCAUUUCUUACAAUUUGGUUUUUGUAUUUCAUUUCCACUGAAUUAUUUGAAACAUGUAAAUAUUAAAACACUUUUGUCAAA